GCUGCUCACUAGUGUUUGAGACGCAGCCCGUCUCGCGCUCUCAAUCUCGGACAGCGCACUGGUUCACCUGGAUGCCGUGAUUUUCUCUUCUUUCCACUUUAUCUUAUCGCACCACCAAAAGAGACUUUGCUUUGAAAAUGGCAGGCGCUAUUAUAGAGAACAUGAGCACCAAAAAGUUGGUGAUCGUGGUAGUCAUUUUGCUUUUAUUCCAGGCGUUCUCCUUUAUGGUCGGAGGAUUGAUUGCUCCGAGUCCCACCUCAGCCAUCCACUACCUGGCUACAAAGUGCGUGGACAAUGCGAAGACCAAGGGCCCCAGCUGGUUCAUGCCUUGGGGCCCUGACCAGUGCGCUAAGAUCAGAGACUUUGAGGAGGCCACGGCCAAGAGAAUCGAAGCCAAUGAUAUUGUGUUUGCAGUCCACAUUCCCUUACACAACCGAGAGAUGAGUCCCUGGUUCCAGUUUAUGCUUGUGAUCCUCCAGUUUGACAUUGCUUUCUACACGCAAAACCCAAUUGUUGAAGGUUUGGUUACGAUGGAUGUUCGACUGGCCUAUAGGGAUGAUCAAGUGAGUAAAUGGACUGAGAUGGCCCAUUCCAUCGAACAUCGCAAACUGGACUGCAUUUUAAACGCAACCAAGACUCCAGAGAAUGAUGGGCGCUACUAUGAUUGUGAACUUUUGCCUUUCAUGGAGGUUGGCAGCGUUGCCCAUAAAUACUAUCUUAUCAACAUCAGACUCCCCGUAAACGAACGCAAAAAUGUCAACAUCGGGAUUGGAGAAAUCAAAGACAUCCGACUUGUGGGCAUUCAUCAGAACGGUGGCUUCACGAAGGUGUGGUUCGCUAUGAAGACAUUUCUCACUCCCAGCAUCCUCAUUAUCAUGAUCUGGUACUGGAGGAGAAUCACCCAAAUGACCAGACCACCAGUCCUGCUGGAAAAGAUUAUUUUUGCUCUGGGAAUAUCUAUGACCUUCAUCAAUAUUCCAGUGGAAUGGUUUUCAGUUGGUUUUGACUGGACCUGGAUGCUGUUGUUUGGUGACAUCCGUCAGGGCAUCUUCUACGCCAUGCUGCUUUCCUUCUGGAUCAUCUUCUGUGGAGAACAUCUCAUGGACCAGACUGAGAGAAACCGCAUCUCUGUGUACUGGAAACAGGUUGUACCCAUUAUGUUUGGCUCCCUCUGUCUCUUCAUCUUUGACAUGUGUGAGAGAGGUGUACAGCUGAAAAACCCUUUCUACAGUAUCUGGGCAUCAGAUGUUGGGACUAAGCAGGCUAUGGCCUUCAUCAUUGUGGCGGGAAUCUGUGCAUGUCUCUACUUUCUGUUCUUGUGCUUUAUGGUGUUUCAAGUUUUCAGAAAUGUUAGUGGGAAAAGGUCAUCUCUGCCUGCUAUGACGAAGGCUCGUCGGCUGCACUAUGAGGGCCUGAUCUUUCGCUUCAAGUUCCUGAUGUUGGUCACACUGGCAUGUGCUGCCAUGACUGUCAUUUUCUUCAUCAUAAGUCAGGUGAACGAGGGCCACUGGCGCUGGGGUGCGUACACGGUUCAAGUCAACAGUGCAUUCUUUACUGGCAUUUAUGGCAUGUGGAAUCUCUAUGUGUUUGCCCUCAUGUUUCUGUACGCACCAUCUCACAAACGUUAUGGGGAUGAACAGUCAAGCGUAAAUGAUCAGGGUGGAAACAGUGGUGAGGAAAAUCAGCUCACCACCACCAUCACACACGUGGAUGGACCUACAGAGAUCUACAAAAUGACUGGAAAGGAAGCUCAAGAGUAGAAAUCAAGACUUCUUAUACCUCUCUUAUACCUUUUGGGUGCACUGUGCGGUCCCUCUAAUUUCAAACAAAAAUUCAUAGCCCCUUUCUGACAGGUGACAUGAGUUGUUACGUGACCUAUUGCAUUGAUGUUCAGACAAAGAGCCGCUGCAUGAGCAGAGCUGUACAUCCUGUUGGUGGUGGGAAAAUUAAGCAGUUCAUUUUGGACUGCAGAUAAAGACACUGUUAUUUCCAAGGACCAAUGCAAAGUAUUUCUAAAAUCAUGGAGAAGAUGGAAACAAGAUCUGUUUUUUUUUUAACAAUGCAGCAACAAGUUAUUAUCUUGUAUUUAAUAUAUAAAUAGUUGUUUCUCUUUGAUUUCGCCUUUUUUGAAGGUAAUUUGUAUUGCAAACAGCAGUGCAAAAGGCGUUGUCUCUGUCAACAUACAGUUCUGUAUAGGUAUAGAUGAUUCUGUUCCUCAUCAGACUUCUUUAAACACUCCCGACCAAAUGUAAACACACCCAGGGAACCCAUAACACAAAUGACUGAGUUCAAAGGUCUCCCUGAACAUUGUUUUGGAUUUGAGAUACAAAUAGAUCGCUAGAUUCAGGUUCUCAUAGCCUGAAUGGCAAACACUACAUUCAUUAUGUUACAAUGUAGAGCUAUAUUUUUUAUAAAGUGCUUAUUUUCAUCUGUAUGAAAGCAUUAGCUGUGUAUCACUGUGUUGUAAAAAAGUAUUUCGAAUUUGUACAAUUGUAUCACAUGUGGAAUCUAGGGUUUUUUGUCAUGCUUUUAUGCUAUUUUAAAAUAAUAAAAAAUACUGUUUAGGUCUGUUUGCAUAAUCAA